GGCAACACCGACUUCCGCUUCCGCCGGCAAACGGCUUCCGGUGCUGUGUGCGUGACGUCACGGCAAGCUGGGGCCGGGAUACGUGAUGUCAUAUUAGAGGAUGUCUAAUACUAGCAGUACCAGAAUGUCAGUGUAAUGGUUAACAGACACAGCAGCUCAACCAAUCACCUGCUCCCGAUCAGCCAAUCACAGGCUUCACCUCCCCCAACCAGGAAGUGGAGGAAGACCAUGUGCGCACUUCAAGGGUGACCUGGUGUCAGAGUGAUCAUGCAGGCUGCCCUAGAGGUCACAGCUAAGUAUUGCCGCAACGAGCUGGAAGAGUAUGGGAGCUGCGUACACAGUAAACCGGGGACCUGGCAACAAGACUGUCAUGAGCUGAAAGUCAAGGUGGCUCAGUGCACUUCAUCCCAUCCUAUAAUACAGAAGAUUCGUACGCAGUGUGCCCAACCCUUUGGGGCUUUCGAGCAAUGUCUGAAAGAGAACCAGACUGCAGUGGAAAAGUGCUCCGAACACGUGACCGAAUUUCUUCAGUGCGCCGAGCGCGUCAAGGUGUCUGACCAGACCCAGAAGUGACCAAGAACAAAGAGGCCCGGUGAGGAUCUGUAGUAACUCUUAUAGAGUCCCCAAUGCCACCAACCGCGCCAUUGUUUCGUAGUCAACAUAAACCUGUACAGCAGAGUUUAAAACUGUUAAGCACUGUUUUCAGACCAGGGUGCCUCCAGAUUUUGCAAAACUACAACCCCCAGCAUGCCCGGACAGCCGUUGGCUGUCCGGGCAUGCUGGGGUUUGUAGUUUUGCAUCACAUCUGGAGGCACCCGGGUUGUAAAAAAACAGUAUUGUAAAGAUUAAAGUGGUACUCCGGCGCUAAGACAUCUUAUCCCCCUAUCCAAAGGAUAGGGGAUAAGAUGCCUGAUCGCGGGGGUCCUGCCGCAGGGGACCCCCGUGAUCUUCCACGCCGCACCUCGUUAGAAUCAGUCCCCCGAGCAUGUUCACUCCGGGUCUGAUUACUGGCGAUCACGAGGACGGAGCAUAGUGACGUCACGGCUCCGCCCCCGUCUGACGUCACGCUCCGCCCCCUCAAUGCAAGCCUAUGGGGGGCGGAGCGUGAAGUCACACGGGGCGGAGCCGUGACGUCACUAUGCUCCGUCCUCGUGGUCGAGAUGGACUCAGCCUGAGAAGCUCCAGCGGUUCCGGAAGCCGCUAAAGGUGGGUGCUGCAUGGUAGAUCCUGAGGGUCCCCAGCAGCGGGACCCCGGUGAUCUGACAUCUUAUCCCCUAUUUGGAUAGGGGAUAAGAUGUCUUAGUGCCGGAGUACCCCUUUAAGGCUGUGUUCACACCAUGAUAAAUAAAAACUAAAAAGCGGCAUAAAAAAAACAUAUAGAUAGAUAGAUAAUCUAAUAUUGUGUUCUAUUAAUGCCUUAUGGAAAGCAUCACAGUGCACACAGCCAUUUUUAAUACUCUGGAAUUACGGAUUUUUUCGUAAUCUGUGACGGACGCUUUUCCAUAGACUGUAAUAGAACUCAUGAUCAGAUUAAAAAAAUAAAAUAAAAUAUUUUUCCAUUUUAUUUUACAUUGUGUGAACAUUGUGUGGACUUAGGCAUCUGCAUAGUACUAUAUCUGGUAUUUAAAGGGGUUCUCCACCAUAAGGGGAUUUUAGUACGUACCUGGCAGACAGUAAUGGACAUGCAUAGGAAGGAUUUGCGCUUGUCUUGGAGCUAAAUGGCUAUGCUGUGAGAUUACCAUAACACUGAGGCUAGCUUUUUGUGAACUGGUAUUUCCUGUUUAAGUUUUCUUUUUUGCCUACAAAUCCCACAAUUCCAUGUCCCUCCCUCCCACACAUCAGCCACAAGUUUGAGCUCCGAUUGUUAUUAUGGGACAUAAGGGCGGUUCUUCUCUCAGCUUUAAUAAAUAAGGAAUAUGGGGGAGAUUUAUCAAAACCUGUCCAAAGGAAAAGUUGCUGAGUUGCCCAUAGCAACCAAUCAGAUCGCUGCUUUCAUUUUGCAGAAACCUUGUCAAAAAUGAAAGAAGCAAUCUGAUUGGUUGCUAGGGGCAACUCAGCAACUUUUCCUCUGGACAGGUUUUGAUAAAUCUUCCCCUAUGUGUCUACUGAGGAAUUUUCCCUCUAUAUGAUCCUGGGGUACACACUGAUGUUCUGCCGUGACCCUAUAACUGGCAGAUCUGUGGUGCACACCCCAUUAGUGAUAUCCACCUAUGUUUUGGGUAUGAAGUUAUUGGUACUUACCUCUCACUGUUGUAGCAGUAAUGUGUGUCCAGUAAUGGUCUGUAUUGGGCGUCUCCAUUAUCAUCUUAUUCUGUGAUUUGUUAGGUAAUAAACUGUUUUUGAAUUCGG